UUCAGCCCCAAAUUGCAGAAGAUUCAAUCGUUUAUCCUCCGUUCAUGUUGGCUAUUGAUAAUUUGCCAGGACCAAUAUGGCGGCCCCGUCGACGUACGAAGUAGGGACCAAUGCGGCGUCUACGUACACAUUUAUGGUAGGCGACAUAAGACCCGAACGAAUUGGAAAGAAGGCCAGUCGAGGAAACGCCGGUUAUGUUUGGGUUAAUGUUUAGCCUCAGGACGGGCAGCUCAUGGCCCUGCAGCCGUUGGUCCCGGCUGAGCAGCCUGAUCGGACCUUCGUUCUCCAGGAGUAGCGUGUCCAACAUGUCUUCAGACUCCCACUGGCUCUCCCCUGCAGACCGAGACCAGCUAGUGAUGGAGCUGAGAGCCACAGGGUGGGUGGAGGUGGAGGACCGUGAUGCCAUUUUCAAGGAACUUCACUUUAAAACCUUUAAUCAGGCAUUUGGUUUCAUGUCACGGGUGGCUCUUCAGGCAGAGAAGAUGAACCAUCACCCUGAGUGGUUUAAUGUGUAUAAUAAGAUCCAGAUUACACUGACCACACACGACUGCGGAGGACUAUCGAAACGGGACAUCAAAAUGGCCAAGUUCAUUGACAAAAUUGCACUUUCCAUGUAAUGCUUUAUCUUCAGUCUGACAGUUUGAUUCAGCAUUUCUAGUUUUCCUGCUUUCCUAUUCUGUUCUGUCAGACAAUUAUCACGUGCCCACAAUCUGCAUCUAUUUCUGUGAAAUAAAAUCUGUGAACAUUUUUUAUGGUUUUAUUUUUCCAGCAUAUUUUCUACAAGACUAAAUAAAAUGUUGAUGUUCGUCA